AUGUGGAUGUUGAUCGCUUUCUUCGCAGAUCGGCACUCAUUCUCGUCGAGCGGUUCUCCAAUAAAAAUAGUCUCUAGACACAGCCCAAUUGAUAUAUCUGCAGAUACAUUUAUCCCAACUAUCCUACAGGAACCUUUAAAACAGCUCAUCCAUUUGAGACAGCCAUGCGCACGCGUGGCCAUUUCUAAGCCCCGCCCAGAACAUUGGAAUAGUCACAUUUAA